UUCCCAACGUGGUCGGCGGUUGCGGCUUUUCCGCAAUUACCACACAGUGUGCGCUGCUGGUACCGUUACUUUGUUCAGAAGCCACUGUGCUCACCCUACGGUCACAGCGCCUCUGCUUCCCAGCAGUGGUGUGUCAGUGACGGGCUGAAACAUUACUGGGGCCAGGAGGUCUUUCUCUUAUUUUUUUUAAAAAAAAGUCUUGAGUCUGGCUUGACUAUCGGACCAUGAAAAGUUACUCCUGGUGGUUCCACCCCAACAUCAAUGGGGUGGAUGCAGAGAGACUUCUGAUGGAGAGGGGAACAGAUGGAAGUUUUCUAGCUCGUCCCAGCACAAGCACUGAAGGGGACUUCACUCUCUCUGUCAGACGAAAUGGAGAAGUAACUCACAUCAAAAUUCAGAACACAGGUGACUUUUAUGACCUGUAUGGGGGUGAGAAGUUUGCAACCCUGGCUGAACUAGUACAGCAUUACAUGGAAAACAAAGAUCAACUAAAGGAAAAGAGUGGGGACAUCAUUAUGCUUAAGUACCCACUUACAACAGCUGACCCUACCCCUGAACGAUGGUUUCACGGGCACAUUUCUGGUAAAGAAGCAGAAAAAUGCCUGAUGGAGAAAGGAAAGAACUCUAGCUACCUGGUAAGGGAGAGUCAGAGUAAACCAGGGGAUUAUGUUUUGUCUGUGCGCACAGAGGAUAAAGUCACACAUGUAAUGAUUCGCUGUCAGGAUGGCAAAUAUGAUGUAGGAGGAGGAGAAAAAUUCAAUUCUCUCACAGACUUAGUGGAGCACUACAAGAAGAACCCUAUGGUGGAAGUUUCAGGAACAGUUGUCUACCUGAAGCAUCCGUUUAAUGCCACCCGUAUUACAGCAUCAGGUAUCAGUGACAGGAUCAAACAACUACAGGCAGAAAAAGACACCCAAGUCAGCGCAAACAAUUCAAACUCCAAAGGUGGUUUCUGGGACGAAUUUGAGCAACUACAACAGCAAGAAGAGAGGCACUUGUACAGCCGCAAAGAAGGACAGCGACCAGAGAACAAAUCAAAGAACCGCUACAAGAAUAUUUUGCCCUUUGACCACACAAGAGUACUGCUACAUGACGCAGAACAGGGUAUCGUGGGCUCAGAUUAUGUCAAUGCCAACUACAUUACAUCAGAGGAGGAUAGUCUGGAACCAAAGAAGACUUACAUAGCCACUCAGGGCUGUCUUCCUGGAACAGUAGUAGAUUUCUGGCGAAUGGUCUGGCAAGAAAAUUCUCGGGUGAUUGUUGUCACUACAAAAGAAGUGGAGAGGGGAAAAAACAAAGUUGUUAAAUACUGGCCUGAUGAACACACAGAAAAUAAGGAGAGAGAGUGGCAAGCACAUAAUGCAACAUACAAAGUAAAGUUCCUGAAAGAAACUGUGGAGAUUGACUACAUCUUGAGAGAACUUCUCUUGAUACGAGAACCAAAUGAUGGCAAGCUGGAGGACCCUCGAAAAAUGUAUCAGUUUCAUUUCCAAACGUGGCCAGACUAUGGGGUUCCUGCCGACCCUGGCAGCGUCCUCAACUUCCUUCACAUGGUCAAUGCUCAGCAGGAGGCUAUCACUGGGGCAGGUCCAAUUGUUGUACACUGCAGUGCUGGCAUUGGUCGCACAGGAACAUUCAUUGUCAUUGACAUCCUACUGAAUCAGAUCAAGACACAUGGGUUUGACUGUGACAUAGAUAUCCAGAAGACUAUUCUCAUGGUAAGGUCACAGCGUUCUGGAAUGGUUCAGACAGAGGCCCAGUACAAGUUUGUGUACAUGGCUGUUCAGCGUUACAUUGACACAGAAAAACAGCGGUUAGCAGCAGGACAGCAGAGCCAGAAUGCAGGGAGGGAGUACACCAACAUCAAAUACGCUACUGACAGUGCACGUCAGCGCAAUGCACCCACUUCUGCGCUUCCUCCUGUUUUCAGUCACACCAGGCCUGUCAAGACAGCAGCAGUACCUCCUACUCCGGAAGACCCUGCCAUGGUGUAUCAGAAUUUGUCCUAACCACAGCUUCAACCUCAGUAUUUCACACUGGAACCUGCAGCCUCAACGAUUCGUGUUGAUUGACUGAACACAGUUCAUUAGGACUUCACCACAUUUCAAGUUGCCCAAGAUGCAAUGGUCAUUUUCAGGUGACCUGAGGUUGUAAAACUUUUAUACUGCCUGUGUACCAAAUGCUGAUGUACAUGCAUGCCUGAUUAACUGGGUAUAAUCUGUGCAUGCAUGGAGGAUUUAGACAGACAUCUUCUUGCAUGGUAAAAACAGAUGACUAUAUGUUAAUAGUUUCCUGGAUGGAUGAGCAGAUGUUUUUGUGGUUUUACUUAUUGAAACUUCACAAAAUCACAAUGUGUACUGUAUAAUUUUUUCAUGUUAUUUAAUUGUUUAAUGUUCUAUUAUGUUUUUAUCUUUUAUUUUAUUUUUUUUUUUAAGAAUGAGGACUCCAUUGUUAUAGUUUCGAAGAAGAUUCAUGUCAGAUGUUUGAUUAUUCUCCUACAGAAACUCAAGACACUUGAUCAUGCCACACUUUUGAAUGAAGCUUGUUUACCACAAGAGUGACUGUCAAAAGUAUACCCAGUCAGUCAGGCAUGUUCAGACAUCUGCUUUCAUUACACCUGCAGAGUUGUUUAUUUCUGUUAACAUUUUCAGAGCAAACACAAAAGAUAAUAAACUGAAUCCGUUGAACACUGUGAUGUCUUAGAUGUAGUAACAAAAGUAUUGACACAUAUUUCUGCAGGUAUGUGGAUAAAAUGUUCAAGUGUAUUUGAAUGGUUAGGCAUCCCAGGUGAUCCACUCACUUGUUAUUAUGCACAGUACAAAAUGCAUGCAAAUGCUCAUGUCAUGUAGAUAUGUACAUGCAUGAUUCACAUUCAGAGCCCUGUACAUUGCAUCCCCUGUAAAUAAGAUUCCAGAUUUGUGUGAAUAUCUCUAAACAUAUUGAGGGCACAAUCUCCUCAAUGUGUGAAUCCGUGUCCAGUUAAAAAUGAAUGCAUGGUUUACUUAAGAACUCUUUUUGAGCUGGAUAAGGUGUGUGGGCUGUUAGCACUCAUGCUGUGAUUGCCUAUCUAGAGGAUUAAGCUUCUAUGGCAUGACCAGCACAGUAUGCGUGUGUGUGUGCAUUUGUAUAUUGAUCACAAGUUGGCUUAGCAAAGUGGUUCUAUCUUAUUUUCAAAGAUUUUUCUUUUGAAACAUGGUCUCUCUCUGCAUCUUGAUAAUAACUGUGCUUUGCUCAAGAACCCUAAGGAUGCUGCACCCGCAUGUCAGGUGACCAUCAGGAUCAAAUGAUAGGGAGUGAUUUUGGAGUGUCAUUUCCAGUGUGUUGUUCAUGAUUGUCAGAGAUGCUAUUGAAUGGCACAUGAUCAGUGUGUUUCUUAUGAGGAUUUGGUUUGAAGGAAUGUGUAUGUUGAUUGCAUGCUUCUGUGUGGAAAUUAGAAAGCUGUAUAUGCAUACAAAAUUUGGUCUCAGAUCCAGGUAAAUAAAAGAUGAAAGUUUUAGAAGAUGAUACCAGUAUCAACAUAAGUGUAUUCUGCUCAUAAUUUUGAGCUAUCUUAAGUGUGGUGGUAGGACUGGCAAUCAAAAAAGUUAUUUAUACUAUGAUGAUGAUGAUUAUAUUAUUAUUAAUACAACCACUGAAGAUUUGCUGUAGCACCUAAUAUGCAAGACACUGUAUGUGCUUUAUUACUAAGUGAUGACAGCUUAAGAUAUGAUUGAAAGCAUAAGAAUACUUGAUAAUAUAAUUGGAUGAGACUAACCUGUCUGCUUGAAAGGAUUCAUUUUUGUGUAACCCUUUCUGAAUAUGGGUAUGUGUGAGUUGUAAGAUUGGAGCAUUCCACAGAGGUGGUCCAUGCAAACGAACUUUGUGAUUUGCUUGUUCAAAAUAUUGCCCAGUAAUGGUGAUCAAAAAGGAAUUUAAGGGCGUAAGUUUUAUAUUGUUACUGCAAAAAUCUCAUCAAGUAGUAAUACCAUACAUAUUGUUACGUGAAAUGGUUAAUUUAUACAUUAAUAUAAAACAAACAUUAUGUCAGCAUGCAAAGCUCUUGUUGUGUGCUUAAUUGACAUUGUUUAUUUUCAACAUAUAUAAAAACUGCUUUGAAUGGUGUGAUAAGCAAGAUUGUUGCAGUGUUAUUGAGGGUUUUUUUUUUUUUUUUUUCAAAAUGUUUAUCAUUUAAAUACCUUUUUUGGAAGAGUUUCUGGCCCUUGUUUGUAAAGUCUGAAAUCAAGAUUCACGAAUGAUUUUUCUAGACUACAUCAUAAAAUGCAUGUUACAACUUUUAAGAAUAAACAAUGCACUUGUGGAAGUAGUUGGACACGUCUUUGAAAAUUCAAAAUUUGAUUGACUUGGAUAAAGAUAUUUUUCACUAUCCCUUUUAAUUGUUGUGCCAUCUUGUAAACUUAAUCUGUCAGGUUAUUAAAUUAUUAUUUAAUUUUUUUGUGGAAUUUCCAGUAAGCCUUAAACAGAGUAGUUGGUGUCCUGAUACCCUGAUACCUGCUGUUUUUUUUUUUCCAAGUACUAUAUUGAACCAUUAGAUGACCUGCCUGUUUCAUUAAUUUUUUUUAUUAAAUAUAGGCUCAGUAGCUGAAGUUCGUUUGGAUCACCGAGAUAAUGAUAGAGUAUCUUGGUGUUCAGAGUCAAAAAGGAGUACUGUGCUGUUUCAGUUUUGUUUUGUGUGUAUAUGAAGAUAGGCUGAUAGGAAACAACUAAAUAUUAAAUUAGUCUACCAUAAAUUAUUUGAAUACAUAAUAGUCAAUACAUACCUUGUUGUGGUGGUGAUUGCAGAGGGUAGCAGUAGGGAGGAUUAUGUCUGCAAAGAUUUUUAACUUUAUAAACCCACUUUUAACUAUAUAAAAGCUACUUCUAGAAAUUGUUCACAUAAGUAAAAUUUGUAACUGACCUUUCAACUAUCCCUAUAAAAAUGUCCUAGUGUCCUGUGGCUGCACACGCACACACACACACAUCAGUUACACCAGUUCAAUUUGGUUAGAAAAAGUUAUCUGUUUUCAGUUACCACUCUUCAUUGACUGUUACCAUUUAUUUUAGGGAUAGAAGGGGAAGGAAUGAAGGAUAGCCUACAGAUUUGUAAUAUACUUCUGUUGCACCUGAGGGACAUUGGUGCCUAGUAGACUUAACUUAACUUCUUUUUAAUGCAGUCAAACUGUAGAUAUCUCUAAAUAUGAGAAAUAUAAUUUUCUGUAAGUAUUUGUUUACUCAGUGAACAUUGCAUUCAGAAUGUGAUUAUAGAAAUUCACCUUUUGAGCGUCAAGAAAAUAGGGUAAAACUGGGAAUAAUAACAUUAUUAUUUGCAUAGACAUGAACUUGAAACUUAGCUCAAAGUAAAAUUAAUUCACUUUCAUUUCAGUUUUUGUUUUUACAAGUCUUCACAUGCAGAGUAGGUUGGAAAAAAAAUACUGUAUACAUCUUCAAGACUUAUGAAUCCAUUGGUGUUUAAGAACCUUGGUCCAAAAUAAUAAAGUACUUUAAUAUAUGCUUAGUAUUGUGGAUGUAAAUACCCAGCUGUCAUAAAACCUUAUUUUCCAUAUUUCGAUUUAUUUUUUAAGGGCAUGGGGCAUUUUUCAUAUUCUCAAUAACAGUUGGCAUUAAUGGAAACAGGAUUUAAAGAUGCACUCAAAUUUUAAUAAUUCUCUUACCACAAAUAAUAUUGAAAAUACAAAAGGCAGUAUUAUAUAUUUUAGUUAUUGUUUAAUGUGUUUGAUGUUCAUUUUUAUCGGAAGAGAUUGUGAAACUCUGCUGAAAUUUAUAAUUGAUGAAGAAAAAGAUGAUUUCUCCGAAUGAAAGAUGAACAAAGAAGAUAAUGUUACUAAUGAGAAGAAUGGCAUCUUCAUAAAGAGAUCUUGAAACUGUGGUAAACUUCCUUUGUAAAUGCAAUUGGUGCUAGGAAGAAAAUGAAAAGUGAGGAUCUGAGUUUCCUUUAGUUGAAUAUUUUUGAUGUUCUUGCUUUUUUUCAGAUUAUUAUUUCAUUAUAGAUAAAUGAAAAAAUGGAAAAUUCUUCUUGCUGCUGGAAAGCCGAAGACAAUCUGUCUUUGUUUACUGUUCAUGAUUAUUCAGACUCAUAUGGGACUGCUUUCUCACCAUGUAAUACAAUUAGGUACGGAUGUGGAGUAUUACAACAUGAACACCUAAAUGCAGGAAGCAGCAAGAAAUACUUGAAUCUCUUGUUCACAGACUCCUUCAUAGCAGUUGCUGUGCGCACAUGUAGAUAAGGUUUAUAAAUCUCGCAAUCAUUCCACCCAGGACAGGGGUUUUUACAGUCAAGGAACAUAGUCACAUGCACUGAACACCUGUUGCUUUAGUUUCAGUUGAGGUGGGUGAGUAAUGAAGUAAAGCAGUUUUAAAGAUAAAGGAAUGGUAGAAAUGAUGGUGGUGUUUAGUAAAGGUUGUUGAAGACAGGCCUGAAUUCAGUGAGGGUAGACACCAGGCUCUUGUGUCAAAGUUAGGCUACUCAAAUGUUCAAAGUAUCAUAAUUUUUUUACAUAUAUAAUUCAGUACUUCAAGUGCCAUUUUUUUAAGUGUGCCAUAAGUCAUGUGUCCUGUGCUCUUUUAAGCGUGUUCUUGUAUCAGAAAAUGCCACUCUUUUUGUUAGAGUAUAAGAGGAAUAAAUGUAAUUGUAUGCAGUUUUUUAAGAGUUUUGCACUUAUUUCUGUAUAGUAUCUGGUAACCAAAAAUGUUUUUCAUGAGUGUUACCCUUAACUAAGUGCCUUGUAUUUUCUUUUGUAGUCAGACUAAAUUUGUUUAGUUCUGCAUAAUUAAUAAUGAUUUGUCUACGCCUGCUUUCCCUUAUGGGUAAAGUAAUGGCAUUAACAAACAAAAAAUAAUAAAAAACUCAAAACACUUCUGUCCAUCCAGUCAGCUCACAAAAUGUGCACUGCAAAUGAGAAAAAAAAAAUUGCACUCAAACACUUCAUCCAGAUCAGCCCAUACACUCAUUGGAGUACAUAUGGCCAUGAACCACUGGGGCAAAAUCAGUGUGGUGUGGUACGUAAAGAGCGAUGGGGUGUCACUAUUUAAACGGAUACACAGAUCAGAAAAGAUGGGGUUUUUAGAGACUUUUUGAAGCUGUCUGCAGAGAUGAGAGAAAGGUAAGGUUUUACAGACUACAGGGCCAAGAUGAGAGAGCAAGGUUUUUUCCUUUUCGUUUUGCUUUUUUGUGUUUUUCUUGUUUUGCUUUGUUUUAUUUUUUUUUUUUAAAGGGGAUUCAUAACUGUUAGAGAAUCAGAUGAAUAACAUAGAGACCUGGAAAGAGCAUAGAAUAUUUUUAAGAUACAAAAGAUUGGUUUCAUUGAUUUUGACAUUUCAACACAAUUGUGCAAUUCGUUGAUGCGAACACAAUAUCUCCACAUUUUUUUUCUCGUGCAUAUUAUAAAGUAAUUGUAUAUUUAAUAUGUGAGCAUCUGGGUAUAAUCACUUGUACACAAACACUAUAGACUCAGCAGUCAUACACUUCAAAUGAGCAGGUAUACAGGUCAGUACAAGCACUCACAUGCAAAUACAUACAAUUAUGCAUACGCAAAGAUCAACAGCAAUUUUUCAUGGUUAUUCUGGAGACGCAUGGUCUUUCCAGAAAUUCUUUAUCACACAUUUGUAUGGACACUACAAUUUGUGCAAUUUUGGAACUCAGAUUUUGCUGAUUGAAUUUUGGUUAUUUACUUAUGAAAAGUCACAAAUCACCAGGUAUUUGCACCUAUUUUUAUAUAUUAAAAAAAUGCUACAAAUAUUUUGAAAGUUUCAUCAGAUGUUAAUUUGCUGGUGCUAGAUUUUGAGAACAUUUAAUUAUGACAAUUUGUUUUUUUAAAGAUAAGCUCACUUUCCAGACUAUGUACAGACACUGUUUGGCACAUUGAUAAAAAUCUAGUACUGGAUGUAUACAUUGUUUAACUGCUUGUUGAAAACUACUUUCUAAUCUUUGUUUGGAGUCCAUGAAUGCAUUCAGAUCGGAAAAUCUCUUUCUUGGGGGGGGGGGGGGGGAGUGCUUCUAUGAAGCUGCCAUGAUAGAAGAUCAAAAACUACCAUUUCUACAAAAAUGUUUGUAAAUUGGAUCUGGAUCUUCAUGAUAAUGAGCAAGAUCGUAGACUGAAUAACUGAAUGGUAACAAAGAGGCUUUCAAUGAAGAGACAGAUUUUUUUUUUCAGUCAGCUUGCCUUUUGCUUUGCUGUAUUUUAAGUUGCCAAUUCUUUGUACAUGCAUACUUUGACACAGGAGAGUAAAAGGGGAGGUGGGGAGAAAGAAUGAGAAUUUGUUUUAAUAUAUAAAUUCUCAAUAUUUCAUGGGAAUUUGUUUAUGAUGUUUCUAGAAUUAAGAUCAUCCCCUUUAGCAUCCAAGGCAUUGCUACUGUCAGGGUGAGCGGCACAGGAACUGUGUUUUAAUUGAAGCAUAAGGAAAACAUUAAUUUUUUUUCACUUUAAGUUUUUUGUUAUUUGUCAUAAUUUGUGAAUUCUUGUCUUGUCACAAAUAUAUCGGUCAUUUACUGUCACUGUAGAUAGGAAGAGGUCACAUCUUGACAUUUUUUCUCUCUCCUUCCCUCUAUGAAGCCUGAAGCCCUUUCAUAACUCCAACUCCCAUCACACCUAAUGUCGACCUAAUUCAUCGGUCUUGAAUCACAAAUGUGCAGCAGGUUUUAAUAAAAAAAUGAUCUGGGUUACAAGAUAAUGCCAAAAUCUUCCUCCUUCAGAUCUGAUUCUCUCUUUGGUUCCUAUUCUCUUUGGUUUCCUUUCUCUUUCUCCCUCCCUGAUCCCUGCUCUCUUCCCUCGUUCAUAUCAAAAAUAUUAUGAUGUUACCAAAUCAAUCAUUAUUUUCUUGACAAUGUUACAUUUUUGCUUACAAGACAUUUUUUCCAAGUGCUUGUCACUCGCGAUAAUAAAACUUGGGGUUUUCGCACAAGC